AUGGUAUAUUCUCCGCAGCACAAAUUGGCUCGCUGGUUAGUUCGGACCCUUGCGCCACUGAGGCAGCACUACAAUUUGCACAGCAUUAUGGACUCUUUUGAAAUAAUCGAAGACCUAGACCAAAUCCGCUUAGCCGACAAGGUUAUGUGCUCCGUGGACGUCCAGUUGUUAUUUACUAAUGUCCCCUUGCUUAAUACAGUUGAUUACAUUUGCCACCUGAUAGAAGAGGAGAAUAUUCGUCUACCAAUACCAGCCGACCUCCUGAGACAGUCCCUGUUACUUUGCACGAAGAAUGUCGCUUUCCGAUUCCAGCACAUCACAUAUCGCCAAAUUGACAGAGUGGCUAUGGGUAGUCCGUUGGGCCCGGUACGCGCUGAUUUUUUCAUGUUGAAGCUUGAGAGGAAACUAAGUGGACAAAUUUCUCAGCUGCCGUAUUCCAAACGAUAUGUAGAUGAUAUCCUUGUUUUUGGUUCCACGAAGAUGCAAAUCGAACAACUAGUAGACCAACUUAAUAAUGUUCAUGCCAACCUGAAGGUGAUUUUGAAUUCAGAUUGA